CAGUCACCAAGGAAGUUGUUAGACCAAUAACAAUGCGCAUACCGCAAAGCUAUAUAUACACACGAAUAAUAAAAACAACAGAAAGCUCCAUACGAUAAACACGUAAUCGUAACGUUAAUACGCGUAAUCGUGAAUGUGUAAUAAUUUGUGAAAACGUUUCGCGAAGUCCCACAACAGUUGCGACGCGAAUCUCCGCGAAGCAACACUUCGAUAAAACCUGACACACUUCGCUACGUAUUAUAAAACAACACUCGCAUAAAUGACUUAUAUCUUAUUUAAUUGACAAUAAAGAUACGCCGUAAUAAUAAUUAAAAUUUAAUACAAGUUAUCAGUAUUUAUAAUAAUAAACAAGUGAAUAACAAAUUUUAUUUUGACGUCGUGUGAGCACGUUGUGCUGUGUAGUGGCGUUGUAAAAAAAUUUACAUAAAAACAAUGGUGACCAAGAUUAAUACAGUGUCGAAAAUUAUCGAUGAAAAUGAUAAAAUACAAAAUAAUGAAGUGGAUUUGGAUCAAGCACUUAAUGUAGCAGGUUUAGGAUGGUAUAACAUAAAAUACUGUCUGGCGCUGUCCCUGUUCCUAAUAGCGGCCAUCAUGGAACCGGUGGGUUACUCAUUCCUGUUGCCGUCGGCGAAGUGUGACCUUGAGAUCACAGACUCGGCGCGCGGUUUCAUCGGCUCCGUGCCUUACAUCGGUAUAGUUUUAACUUCAUUCCCAUGGGGCUACCUAGUGGACACUCGGGGAAGAAAGAAAAUGAUUGUGUACAGUUCAUUCGCUGCCGGCGUGUUCGGAAUACUCGCUUCUUUCAUGCCUGAUCUCAUUAGUUUUACUAUCUUCAAGUUUUUGUGUGCCUUGUGCAUAGCCUGCCCAGCCGCCGCACCAUAUUCAUUCAUUGGUGAACUAUUACCACAAAGAUACCGGGAUGUUACGCUGUCCAUCGUCAAUGCCAUGCAAAUAACUGGAGCUGCAAUGGUACCUUUAUUAGCGUGGGCGAUACUACCUCUCGAUUUUCGAGUGAACUUUGGAUUAUACGUAUUCCGACCUUGGAGACUUCUCGGAAUGCUAUACUCGAGCAGUUUCCUCAUAAGUGCUUUUAUUAUGUCGUUUGGACCCGAAAGCCCUAAAUUCCUGGUCUCGCAAGGCAGGCACGAUGAAUCAUUGGAAACGUUGAAGAAAAUAUACUCGGGAAAUACUAGUAAACCGGCAGAAUAUUAUCCUGUAAAAAGACUGAAACUGCCAGUUCAAACUGAAAUGGAAAAACCGUCUUUUGUACAAUCUCUAGUGCAACAAACACUGCCGUUAAUAAAACCACCGUAUUUGAAGUGGAUGAUGCUAAGCGGGUUUUUGUUAUUCGGAUUAUUUGCCACCUUGAACGGUCUCUAUAUGUGGUUACCAGAUGUCCUAAAUAGAGUCUUGAGCGGAGGCAGCGUUGGGUUGACAGCGUGCGAUAUUAUUGGUCAGAGAUUAAAUGAGACGAUUUCAGCGAACGCAGAAUGCAACGACAAAAUUACCUCCAUAACGUUCAUGAUAAACACGAUCGCGAACUUUUCUUGCGCCUUCAUUGCCCUCGCUAUAAGUAGCACGGUCAAGUUUAUAGGCAAGAAGGCCUUAAUGUUGUUAGUAUACGUGACAAUAGGAGUCUUCUGCGUACUAAUCAAUGCAGUCACGCAAGAAAUAUUGUUCGCGAUCUUGCUGUCUUCGUUGCCCCUCACUGGUCUCGCGAUUGGUCCUGUAAAUGCUUACGCUGGCGAGAUUUAUCCCACGAAACUGAGAGGGAUGGCGAUUGGGCUAUCAAUGAUGGUGGGUCGUGUGGGGUCGAUAGUUGGCACGAAUGUGGCGGGCCUGAUGAUCAACUCAGUUUGUGAGGCCACCUUCUAUCUCUUCGGAGGAGGACUGAUAUUUUGUGGAGCCUUGUCGUUGCUGCUACCGAGAUCAAAAGACAAAGACAGCGAGAAAACAAAGAUGGAGUUCACACACCUUUAACGAAAAAACAGUGAUACUUAUUAAUUAAUUACACAUACGUCCUGGUUACUUUAAUUAUUAUUAUUAAUCUCGUUAUUACCAAAGCUUACCUACUUAGUUAAUAAAAAUAUUAUAGUUUUGAUACAAAA